CUGAAGUGGUCUCUGCUCUCCAGUCUCCUCCUCUCCUUGCCUCUCUCACACCACCGAUGCGUCGAUACGAAUUAAACCAAUUUCGUUUUUACUACUUGCUCUCUCAUUUUUAUUCUACUCCUUUUCGCACGUAUAUACCUGCAUUCCCAGGUAUGAACCUUUUGAGUACAAGCAUAUCCUCCUCCUUGCUUUCAGUUCUUUGAUCCAAAAAUCGAAAUGCCCCCGGCAAAGUCGAAAGUGAACCACGACGAUGCAAAGUCGGAGACCACCGGUGUCAAGGACCGAAAUGGCCACGGAUCCAACCAUCACCAAUCGAACGGAAAGCUUCGACGUGUAGCUAGUUCAACCGGUACACAAUUGCGAGACGUAACAGCCGUCAACGGAAACUCGUCGAUUGUACCAACGCCAUCAUCGCAGCCGGCUCACGCUCAAGGGCUUCAGUGGCCAUCAUUCGAUCGAGAAGUCUUACACGAUUACCGUCGCAAAUACCUCCUCCACACCCCGACCGCUUUCGCCAAUCCAUACCAUCACUGGGUGCUCUCGCGACCAGGCAUCGGCCUACGCUCUCCCACCAUGGCACGGAAACAAGAAUACCGGCGCCAGAGCAAAGAUGAACUUACAAAAGUCGUCCGAAAACACUUCAAUGCGCUCGGUGUACAAGAGACCGAUGUCAUCGUCGACUUUGUUCACAGGGUCAGAAAUCCGGGCGUUGUAAAAAUAAGGAGAAACAAAGAUCUACCACAUUCAUCUCCAUUACCAUAAUUGGAUUCAUUUUAAGAUACCCCCGAAAGCAAGGAUAGCAACGCGUCUGGAUUUUGGCAUUAUUGCAUUAUUAUAGACAUUACCAUGCCGCAAGACUUUGUUUCGAGUCCUUUGCACACUUCACUUGGGUUCCUCGCAUUUUUGCAUUAUCUGGGAGUUUUAGCGCUGGUCGGCGCUAGGUGGGACUUAACUGCGGAGGAACAAGGACCGACGACUAUAACGAAUCGAUAGGGGCACUAUUAUGAGAAUUCCUAGGGCAUAGGUAUAUAUGGUCUGUUUUCGGUUUUAUAUUGAC